AUGUCAUGUCCGAAUAACAUAGCGCCCGGUAACUUCCUGAUGGAUUCCUUAAUGGGUGGAUCAUCUUCCUUCAGGGGUGAGGGUUAUUCCAGCAACCCCGGAAUGUACAUCCACACAGCUGCAGAGUACGGAUAUUCAGUGAUGAGAAACAUUGGGAAGGUUGGACCAUCUCCACAGUCUAAAAGAGACGAGGUUCCUCCGGGCGGUCUGCCACUCGGCGGCUUCCAGGAUGCGUCCUACCUGUCACCACAGCUGGCCACAUGGACCCCAGGCUCCAAAACCAGUAGAGACCAACAACCUGUUGCCCAGUGUUUACAACCCUGCUCGUUUCCAGCAGCAGGCAACGUCAAAGAGGAGGCGUUUUGUUGCCUUUAUCAGAAUGACAGUGGCAAUAAGGGGAAACAGACAACAGAGUCGGCCACUUACAUCCGGCUGGGGGACAAUAGCUGCAGGCCUGAACAAACCGCCUCCUCGUCCAGCGGCUGUUUCCAGGUGUACAACGGACAGAGGCCGCAGCAGGACGACCAUCAGCAGUUCCCCUCCGGAUUCUCCUUGACCCACUUGGCGACAACUGUUGAAUCAGCAGAGGAGUCGACAAUAAGGUGCAAAGCAACACAGGAGAAAAUAAACCAGGUCGGAAAGACGGAUGAGAGUCAGAGCAGGAAGGAAGAGAAAACCAAGACUGACAGCUAUGACAUAUCCGCGGAAAAGACAACGGGGAACUGGUUAAAAGCCAAAAGCGGAAGAAAGAAGCGGUGCCCUUACACAAAGCACCAGACGCUGGAGCUGGAGAAGGAGUUCUUGUUCAACAUGUAUCUGUCUCGGGAGCGCCGCCUGGAGAUCAGCCGGAGUAUCAACCUGACCGACAGACAGGUCAAGAUCUGGUUCCAAAACAGACGGAUGAAGCUCAAGAAGCUCAGCAGGGAGAGCCGCGAAAGGGACCAGAGUGCAAUUUACAACUAUUCCUGA